CUGCUCUCCCUCUUCGCUGCCGCGGUGCCGGCAGCCGCGCUGCGCGCCUGGGUCUGUGCAUCCUCCUGCCAGGACGCAAGCCACAGAUGAGUGGGAAAGCGAGAGGCAGCAGAAGGUGCUCGGGAUCCUGAAUGCUGGCAGGCAGCUGGAGAAAGGCAGCGGUCUCUGUGCUCUAGGGCAGCCCCGGCUGGCCCCCAGGCAGGACUCUCCAGGGGAGCUCCCCCCACUGCAGGGAUGGUGGUUUUCCUUGGGAGGAACCUCCCCUCGCUCCUAGCUCUCUUUAAGAAGAAAGGGGCUGCCAAGGCUGAGAAUGACAAGCGGCUGAGCGUGCAGUACCGGACGAGGGACGAGGGCCCCGACAACGUCUUCUUCCCCAGCAGCCGCCCACCGCACUUGGAGGAGCUUCACAACCAGGCUCAGGCGGGGCUCAAGUCCCUGCAGCAUCAAGAAAAACAGAAGCAAACCAAAGGCACUUGGGACCAUGGAGAUACCAACAGCAUCCAGUCUUCCCACAUGUCCAUGGACGACGAUGAGCUCUCGUUCUGCAGCCAGACACAGUCAUGCAUGACAGACAGCGCCUCGGAGGAUGCCCUCUCUGUCCGCUCCGAGAUGAUCCAGCGGAAAGGUUCCACCUUCCGGCCUCAUGACUCCUUUCCAAAGUCCUCGGAGAAGGCCGGGAAGAGGAGGAAGGAGAGGAGGACGACCGUGCUGGGCAUCCCCCACCAUGUCCAGAAGGAGCUCGGUCUGAGGAAUGGCCAUGAGCCAAAGGUGCGUCCCAGCAGCAUCGCCCCCCGGGAUGGCCUCGGGCAGGUGGGUCGGGGCAGCAGUCCCCUGGGCACGGCCCCCCAGAUCCUGGUGAAUGGCGGCGAGGCCAUCCGCAUCCCAACUGUUGACGGGAAGCUUCAAGAGCGGCCGGCACCUGAAGGUGGUGCCCACGUGUCCCUGCGGGCACUGGAAGAGGCGGAGGCAGAGGCGGCCCUCCAGAAGCACAUCGAGCGGAUGUACUACGAUGACACGCUGCUGGGGAGGAAGACGGCAGCCAAGCUGUCCCCCAUGGUGAGGCCGAAGUCGCUGGCGGUGCCAGGAAUGACCACCCACGCCGGCUCCCCCGAGCUGCUGCGCCCCGUCAUGUCCAUCUCUCCGCAAGGCACCUACCUGUCCAAGAUCAUCCCCAACGCCAUCCUGCCCCCCAUGGUGGAUGUCGUCGCCCUGACGCGCACCAGCGUGCGGACGCUGAGCCGCUGCAGCCUGGCCUCCAGCCCUGCCUCGGUCCGCUCCCUUACCCGCUUCUCCGAGAGCAGCUGCCGCAGCCGGGAGCCCUCCUCCUCCAGCGACAACUGGAGCCACUCCCAGUCCACGGAGACCAUCGUGUCCAACAGCUCCACCAUCUCCUCCCACGGCGGUUCUGGCAGCAGGAAGGUGGAGGCUGGGCCGCAUGGCGAGGCGGAGCCAGCGGGCAAGUUGGACACGGAUCAACUCAGUGUCAACAGCGCUGUGAACCAUGUCGGUGCCAGCUCCAAGUCCACCCCUGUGCCCACCUCCCGUGGCCUCCUGAUGGUGGGGCUGCGGAGCGCUGGGGGCAGCAGCGGCCGGGCCUCACCUGCCUACAGCACCGGCAGUGUGGCGGACGGCUCGGACACCGCCAGCCUGCGGAGUGACCGCUCCUCGGUGCGCAGCGUCUCCCUCAGGAAGAUGAAGAAACCCCCGGCACCUCCCCGGAGGACCCACUCCCUGCUCCAGAAGGCCCAAGAGAAGGAGGCGGCUGGCAGGGAGCAGAAGGUGCUGGGCUUGCCACCCAAGCCAGAGCGCAGGCCUCAGCACGAGAGCGGUGCACCCUGGACGCUGCGCCUGGGCAGCCGGAGCCUCGCAGGCGAGGAUGAGGUCUUCUCCCCGUCCUCGCUGAGUGAGACCAGCAGCAUCCGCUCUGACAGCCUGGCCUAUUCGGCCGACGCCAGCUCGCCCGACAUCUCGCGGUGCAGCCCGGUGCUGGGGGAGAGGCCGCAGGGCAGGGGGGAAGGCACGGUCCUGGUGCUGAGGGAGUCACAGGCUGUGCCGAAGCGCAGCUCCCCUGACGGCUUUGACCGCACCAUGUCCCCCUCCAGUGGGUACUCGAGCCAGAGCGGCACCCCCACGCUCCCCAGCAAGGGGCUCAGCCCUCACGCCGCCUCCCCCAACGCCAGGCGGCCACAGCCAAAGAAGCCGGAGAGGGUCUGCUCCCUCAAGUCUCCCGCGCUGUCCAUGUCCUCGUCCCUGACGUCCCUGUCCUCCUCGGCCUCGGACCCAGCCCCCGCCGAGAUGGCACCACCACCCCCCGCUGGCCCAGGCCCUGCUGGCUCCAUCCCCUCCCUGCAGAGCAGAAUGGAGAAGUUUAUUAUCCCUCCUCACCCCAAGGUGCCGGCCCCCUUCUCCCCCCCUCCCACCAAGCCCCAGCAGGCAGCUCCCUUCACCAGCCCCACCACCUCUUCUCCCCUCCCACGGGAGACGCGAGCCUCGAGAGCAGCAGAGCAGGUGCCCUCGGCACUCCCCAAGCCUGAUACCAAGUCACCCCCUCCAUCUCCUCCCCCUUCCUACCACCCUCCGCCACCGCCGGCGAAAAAGGCUGAAUCGAGCCCAGAGGGUCCCCGCUCAGAGACUGCCCCGGAGACCCUGCCGGACGCUCUGUGGCCCCCGCCACCCCCACCAGCCCUGGAUGAGCAGGACCUGUCCAUGGCAGACUUCCCCCCACCAGACGAAGCCUGUUUCUCCACCCUGGCCCCGCCGGAGCAUCUCCCUGUCACUGAUGCUGCAGAAGCCCGUCUGGAGCCCGCGGCCAUGGAGCAGCCAAGUGGCACAAAAGCAGCACCCCUGCAGGGCAGCCAAGGGGCAACCUCGGUCUCCUUCUUGGCCACAGUGUCCUCCAGGAUCCAGCAGGAGGGCACGUCGACUGGGGCAGCACUGCCAUCUCCCACCAUGGAGUCGCCUCCUGCCUCAACGCCUGGCCCUGCUGCCCCGCCGGGCUCCCAGCCUAGCCAGCCCAAGCCGGUGGGGGCAAAAGCUCCACCUCCCCCACCAGCAGCUCCAGCCCCCCCUGCUCUGCCCACUGGUCUCCAGCCUCAAGCAAGCCUUAAGAAGACAGUGAAUGGCUCCCGGCUGGAUCCCAAGAAGGAGCCUGCGUGUCGGACCAAGAGCAGCCCCAUGCCAAAGGAGGAUGCCAACCUGCCCAUCGUCACGCCCUCCCUGCUGCAGAUGGUGCGUCUGCGCUCGGUCAGCGUGGAUCCCCAUGCUGCCACAGACCCCAGCAACCAGCCCCCUGGCCAGGCUGGGUUGGGUGCCAAUGGCGAGGUGAGGCAGGCCCAGCCUGUGCCCCAGAAGCCCAUCCGCAGGGCCCUGUCCAUGCGGCAGCCUGCUCCUUCCAAAGACACCGUGCCUUUGAACCAGCUCCACAAUGCCGUACGUCUCAAGGCUUCCACCUUGUCUUCCAGGGAGGCGCCGGGACCUGCAUCCUCCCAGCCAGCCCGUGGCAAUAAGUUGACUCUCCCGGGCCCCGUGGCUGCUGGCCCAGAGGCCCUUGCAGGGGAUGCCAAGGAUGGCCAGGUAUCCCCCCUCCACAAGUCGCCUGCCUCCACGGCCAGCUUCAUCUUUGCCAAGAGCUCCAAGAAGCUGGUCAUCGAGACCCCCUCUAGCCCGGACGCACAGGCCGACCUCAAGAGGAACUUGGUCGCUGAGCUGAUGAAUCUCUCUGGACAGCGCUCCUCAGCCCCGGCGCCAACCCAGCCAUGCCAGGCAGCCCCUGGCAAGACACAAGCACAGAGGAAGCCCAGCAAGAUCCCACCUCCAGUAGCCAGGAAGCCUUCCCUGGGCACAGCGCAGCCCAAGUCGCCUGCGAGUCCCAAGCCGCAGGGAGCGGAGGCGCUGAGCUCACCCCUGCCAGACAGUAAAGCCACAGCUUUGUCAGCGGAAGAAAACAGGACUAAGAGUGAGCGGUCGGGGAACAUGGCUCUCCCAGCAGAGAGCAGCAGAGCCGGGCACCUGGCUGGCCCAGAGACGCCAUCGCAGAAUCCCCCAGCACAAGACAGAAGGGAGGAGACGGCAUGAAGGACGACGCUGCAGCCCUGGUGCCCCAACAGACAGGAGCGCAAAUCUCUCUCAGGGACCUGGACAGGUCAAAGGAUGUGUGUGGAGCUGGCGACGGACUCAAUAAAAAGCAGCAAACAGCCUUAGCCUCCAAUGGCCUUGACGAUACUUAUGCAAAACUGGUGUUGGUUUUACUUUCUUAAAUAACACAGCUUUAUUUUGCAUUUUUGUAUGGACUAAGUCCCGCCCCGGGCUUGCCACUCCCGUGCAGUGGGUUUGCCAGCAAGAGCCUGGCACCACUCGCUGGCAGAGACUGACCAGAGCAGCUGGCACAAGGACCCUGGUCAGGGCGGCGUAGUCAGGAGACGGCACCCUGGCUCGGGGUUCACUCUCGCACAUUGUGGAGGAGCAGCCCCAUCCUCCUGCACCGAGGACCGCAUCGAAUCAAAGCACUUUGGAGGAGGAUCUGGAAGGCGACAGGCACUGGGGCUGGACAAGCGCCUCUGCCAGGUUUGUUGCCCACACGUGCUCCUGUUUACAUGGCAGGCUCCACCACUGGCUAAGUGCCACUGAGACUGGCUUGGGAGGGGACCAUUGCCAGCAGACCCCGGGGAAAGGAAAGCUAGCUCACAGCUAGAGCAGCCAGAGGCAGGCCCGGGGGGGCUGCCUGCCCUGAGUGGGCCUAAGCAAGCAGAGAGGGGAAACGGGGCCUGGGCACAGCUGGGGACCUCAGAGCGGAUGCAGGAGCCCAGCUCUCUUCAGAGAACUGGCAGGUCCAACCAGGCUUAAGCAGGCUUUGUCUGAGCACUGGCUGUACUCGGAGCAGGGACUGUGUGCGUGUGUGUGUGUGCCAGUGUGUGUGUGAGAGCAGCAGCAGGCCCUGCCCUCUGCCACCCCAGGGCUCACCCUGGCAGGGCAAGGGAGCAGGAGGGACUGAGGUCAGCAGAGGGGUCAGUCCAGCUCUGGGGAAGAGCCUUGUCUGGCUGGCGUGGGGAGGAGAGGGUUUCAGGACAAGCCCUGGUGCAUUGGCCGCUUUGAGGCACAGGAAGCUGAGGCCCUGACAGGCUUCACCAUCAAUGACCCAGCAGUGCCCCAGGUUGGUAGCAUGACCAGCUGGGCAGCACCCCUGCCUGUCUGAGAAGGGAGCAGGCAGCCCCGCAGGAACAGCAUUGGUCCCCAUCUCCGGGCUGAGCCUAGAAGCAAAUGCUGCCAACUGCUGCGUUGAUCCCUGCAGCCUGUGCAUGCAAGGGCCAGUGGGGGCAGCUCCACAGCCUUGGAGGCCUGACCUCUUUGCCUGCUCUGAGCGGCAUGUCUCCCUGUUGCUCAGAGGCACUUGGGCACUGGGCCAGGCCAGCCAGGAGCAGAUGGUGCUGAGGCUCUGGGCAGCAGGAGCCUAGCUGGCUCAGCACCAGGUGAGACCCAAAACCUGUGAUUUUUUUUUAUGUCUGCUCCCUGCUCUCAGAGGGGCAGAGACUGGGAUUUUUAUUUCUGUGCUCUCGGGGCUCCCCACCCCUGACCUCCAUAUCCUCGAUUGUACAAACCAGGAAACCCAAACCAUCUGCCUUGAGACGCUGCCGCGUGGUGGGCAAGAGCUCUAUACGCCUCUGGUAAAGGUGAUGAUUGAA